UGGCAACACUCAGCUGUGGACUUGUACUUCGCGCCAGGCAGAGACUCUGAGGUAGCAGCUGUGGUCGCACGGGCAAAGUUGGUGACUCUGUCGCUGCUGGUAAUUGUGACGCCAGUUUGUGGCCAUUGUAUCGGCGCGGUAUUGGUGGUAGUGGCUUUUGCGCUAUCCGCACAGAGACAGGCCUCGUUGUUAUGACUUCAUGAGCUCGUAAGCACAACCAGUUACGAUUCAACUUUCAUUCCGUGCUGACGUAUCCGGGCGUGUUGAGUAUGCGCAGCGAGCGCUUUGAGUGUUAACCGAUGUCGGUAAUGAUUCUGUAAAUGGCCAGCAAACAAGGAAUCAGCGGGCGCAAGUAAUCAAAUAGUACACAACCGAAAUAGAAAAAAAAACAAAAUAAAAUACAAGUUAAAAUUAAUUACGCGCCCGAUCACACACGAGCAUUUCAAUUAAGCUGGUGAAUGGCUAAAAAUGUUUAGGCGAGCGCCAAAAGCAAAAGCCCAGCCAACGUUGCUCACAUAAUCGUCGACGGCAACUAAAAUUUGAGUUAACCAAGAAAUGGGAAAACAAACAAACGAAAAUAACGAUUGUAAUUGUAUUUAAUAGCGGCAAGUGAUUUACCAACGAAACGUGUAGACCAGCUGUAUAACCGAAAGCCUAAAAUUCAAAAAAAAAAAAUACAGCAACUGCAGCCAGUGUUGUCCACAAGCACGACACGCAAAAAACAAAACAGCAGCUCUAGCUAGGCUAACUAGCAAACCAAACAAAAAAUAACUCGAAAAUAUUUGCACUAGUAUUUGAGUGUGGCAGUGGCGCCAACGCCAUAGUUAGUCGUCACAAAAAAAAACCGCUUUGUGGGAUCAAAGCGACGCAGCACAUCACCUACAUAUAUACAUAAGCGCACACAGCAUUUACAUGCAAAAGAAGUUCAACAACAUUUUGCAGUUUGUGUAUUCGAAAGGUAAAUGCGACAGCUGCUGCAGCACCUUAGUGAGAAAAGUGAAAAACAAAGCCCACGCCACUGCUAUCGAUUGCCUGCAACAAUAAGCCAACAUACUCUGACAAUCUCUCAUUAACCGUAAUAGCAUCAAAAUGACACAAAUUUUUCACAAAAACUUGAAUAAUUUUAAUUUCGACUUUGUCGAAAUUUUCACAAAUCCUGACAGCAAGCGUGGAAAAGUAAUCACCGUUGCUGCAGCUCUCAGUACGCGUCAAAUGUCCACGCACCGUAUAGGAUUUUCGCGGACAUUUCUUCAGCUGUCAGUUGCUCUGCUGUUGAUUUCUUCUUUGGCUGUUGCCAACUGUCAAGUUUGUGGUCAACCUGCUGUGCCACUUAAUGCUAAAGUACAGACCAUCUCCGGUGAUGCGGGCAUAACAGAAGCAAAAUAUGAAUGUGAUUCAGGUUAUGAGCUUUUUGGUCCACGCACUAUCAAAUGUGAUCCGUUUAACGGCUGGGAGCGUGAGGUGCCAUUUUGUGGCACAAAUGUUGCCUAUCGUAAGCCGGUCAAUCAGAGUUCGUAUACGCGUGCGGGACCGGCAAAUUUCGCUAACGAUGGCAAUCCGGGUAAUAAGAACCCAGAUGGCCAGCAAUGUUCUGAAACACAAAAAGAACCAUCGCCAUGGUGGCGCGUUGAUCUGUUAGCUCCACAAGCUGUACGCGUGGUACGCAUCACAACACGCGGCUGUUGCGGUCAUCAGCCACUGCAGGAUCUGGAGAUUCGCGUGGGCAAUAGCAGCGCAGACUUGCAACGCAAUCCACUAUGCGCCUGGUAUCCCGGCACUGUGGAGGAGGGCGUCACUAAAACAUUUUCCUGCGCGCGUCCACUAAUCGGCCAAUAUGUUGCCAUACAAUUGGUGGGUGUGGAGGGCAGUUUGAGUUUGUGCGAAGUGGAAGUCUUCACCAAUGAUGAAUUCUCCGUCGAUCGCUGUCUUAGUCCCAAUCUGAGUGUGGAAACGGUGUUGACAACAUUCUCGAAAACUUGCUACGAGUUUCACGUGACCAAGGGUGAGAAUUUCGAGAAGGCGCAGCAAAUGUGCAAAUCAACGGGUGGCAAUUUGGUGCACGAUUUUCGUGGCGCUGCCAAUGAUUAUAUACUCUCCGAAUUGGAACGCCGCAAAUCAGAACUAAAGACACAGCUGGUGUGGAUUGGCGCACAGAAGGAGCCCGGCAUUACUUCGCGCACCUGGAAAUGGGUUAACGGCGAACUGGUGCAGAAACCGGCCUGGGGCAAAGAUCAACCGAACAACUAUAAUGGCGAGCAAAAUUGUGUGGUGUUGGAUGGCGGACGCAACUGGUUGUGGAAUGAUGUGGGCUGCAAUUUGGACUACCUGCAUUUUAUUUGCCAGCAUUCGCCGCUUUCGUGUGGCUCGCCGGACUCGCAGCAGAACACCACAAUUGUAGGCCGAAAUUAUACGCUGGGCAAUAAAAUCACGUACGUUUGUCCAAAGGGCCACUCGCUAAUCGGCGAUGCGGAGCGCACUUGCCGUGCGGAUGGUAUUUGGGGCGGAAGGGCGCCCACAUGUAAAUAUGUCGAUUGCGGUCCGCUGCCGGAACUGGAGCAUGGCGCCAUUCUACUUUCGGAGCAACGCACCAGCUAUGGCGUACAGGCGACCUACACUUGUCACGAGAAUUACACGCUCAUUGGCAAUGAGAAUCGCACUUGUGCGCUGACUGGUUGGACGGGCAAGCAGCCGGAAUGUCUGGUCGAUUGGUGUCCUGAGCCGCCACGCAUCGCCGGCGGCAGCGUAAGUGUGACGGAUAAGCGCGCCGGCUCAACGGCCACAUAUGAGUGCGAGGCCGGUUAUGUGUUGGUGGGCGAACCGAUAAUUUCCUGCGGUCUUGGCGGUGAAUGGUCCAGUAAGCCACCAUCAUGUCGCUUCGUCGAUUGUGGCGCACCAGCGCGUCCCGAUCGUGGUCAUGCAGUGCUGGUGAAUGCCUCCACUACUGUUGGUUCGAUGGUGAAAUAUGAAUGCGAAGAUGAUUAUUGGUUGGAUGGUCCAUCGGAGUUAUACUGCACCAAGGAGGGUAAAUGGUCUGGUGAUGCGCCAGUAUGUGAGCUGGUCGCUUGUGACACGCCCCAUGUGCCUGCCGGUUCAUUUGUUGUUGGCUAUGAUUACAAUGUGCACUCAAAGAUUCAGUACAACUGCGAUCCGGGGCAUGUGCUGCGCGGCAAUCCUACGCUGGAAUGUUUGGACACUGGCGAGUGGAGUGCAGAUGCACCGUUCUGCGAAUAUAUCGACUGUGGUGUUAUCACCCCGAUACCAUACGGCUCCAUAAGAUAUAUCCAAAAUACCACCUUCGUGGGUUCGGAGGUAACAUUCAGUUGCGCUCCGUCCCACAAGCUGAAUGGUGUCGCCAAGCGUGUUUGCCUAGAAUCAGGCGGUUGGAGCGAUGCGACGCCGAAAUGUGAAGAAAUCCGUUGCUCAGAACCUGUACUGGCCGCGCACAGUUUGCUUUCCGUCACAGGAAAUGACCGCAUGUACGGUCGCACGCUGAUACGUACAGCCGACUCGACACAGAAUAGCGCACAGACUUAUAAGGUUGGCGCCUUGGCUAAAUACCGCUGCGAACGCGGUUAUAAGAUGGUCGGCGAGGCUCUUGUGACUUGUGAAGACAAUGGCCAUUGGAGUGGUGCAGUUCCGGAAUGCGUAUAUGUCGAAUGCGGUAUUCCAGCUAAUAUUACGAACGGCAAAGUCACCCUGGCAACAAAUGUGACUUACUAUGGUGCAGCGGCAUUGUACGAAUGUAAUCCUAAUUACAAAUUGGAUGGAGUAUCACGUCGCUUGUGUGCCGAAGAUGGCACAUGGAGCCACGAAAAACCAGCUUGCAUAGAAAUCACAUGCGAUGAGCCAGAUAUUAGUGAAAAUCUUAUAGUCGAUGCAGGCAAGCACUCUGUGGGUGCGCUAGCGAAAUUCAAAUGCGCUAAGGGACGAACACUGAUUGGCAAUGAUACGCGAGUAUGUCAAAAGAAUGGCAAAUGGACUGGAAAAAGUCCCAGCUGCAAGCCUGUUGACUGCGGACGUCCGCCGAUGAUCGAGAACGGCCGCGUGAUUAUUGUGAAUGAGUCUACCUUAUAUGGCGGCUCUGCUGAGUAUCAUUGCAUACCAAGCUACAACCGCAUCGGACAAUAUCUGCGUAAGUGUACCGAAGAUGGCACUUGGAGUGGCGAUGAACCGCGCUGUGAGGUCGCAGCCACAGAGGCGCAGGAGAGCUCCAGUUUGGGUACUGGCAUAGCGAUCGGUGCAACAGUUAUCAUUGUGCUGCUCUUCGUAAUUGGUCUGAUAUUCUUGCACCGCAACAAGGCGCGUCCGGUUAAGAAUACCGAAAAUGUACAAGCGGCCGAGACCAAAGAUGAGCGUAACGCAGCUGUGAUGUCCUAUUCCACCUUGGAAGCGAAUAAUCGCAUGAAUUUGGACAAUGGGCCACCAGCGACAUUCAAUACGUUUCAAGUGAACGGAAGAGGUGGGACGAAUGGUAAUGCGGCGUCCAUUGGACGGAAGCCAGAGAACAUUUACGACCAAAUACCUAGCGAACAAUUCUACGAUGCGCCAUACGAGAUGCGCACCAACGAAGAGGUCUACGAACCUGAACCGACGGCCGGAAAUGUCAUCACCAUAAAUGGCAUAUCUGUGCGAUGAGCAGCACGCGGAACCGAAGUCAGACAGUUGUUGUGGAUAUUUUAAUAAAAAUUUUGCAUUAAUUAAGUGCUAAAUUCAUAGUGAGCAUAGUGAUGUGUAAUCAGCUUUUAAAGCUAAAUAUUAAGUUUUUGGGUUUUGUUUUGGAUUUCAGUAUGCUCUCCUACAUGCAUGUUGAACAGAAAUUGAAAAGUAUACAUGUGUAAAUAAUUUGCCAUGAUGUAGUCCAUAUGUAUUCGUUCAUUCAUGUGUGAGGUGUGGACUGAUUAUCUUAGAUACCAGCUUAUGUGGAAGAAAUUAAUUAAAAUCACAUUUCUAAGUUUUAUAUGAGCACUAGCAUUGGUCUAGAGUUUUCGUUAUGAAAACUAAUAUGUUACGAAAAUUCCAACUAAGGGAAUGCACUUAGGUACCUAUUAAACCAUAAACGCAUAUGUAUGUAUAUCGAAAUGACCUUUAAGUUGUAGCUAUUUUAUAAUACAUAUACAUAAACAUCCAUAUAAUCCUAUAAAUAUAUAAACACACAUACAUAUAUGCAUACAUAUGUACAUAUGUAUGUUACUAGAGUAGGCAUAAAAUUGUAGAUUUUGUAAAUUUUUCUUAAGUAAUAAGCUAAAAUAUACCAUUUGUUGAGUAUAAGUUGCCUUGUAAAUAUUACGUGAUCUGUUUAAUUUAAUGUUAACAAAAUAUUUAUUAAUGGUCUGUGUCGAACUAUAAACAAUAAAAUGAAAUAUACGAUUAAUAAAAUAAUA